AUGCGGAAAGACGUCCGGACCACACGGUUCGGGGACAACUCGCUCACCCAGAAGUUUGUUUGGAAGAAGAAGAAUGAGUACCUGCAAGCAGCAGGCCUCUACAGGCCCUCCAGCAAAGACCAGGAGGUCAACAAGAUGCAAACCAAGAUCAAGGAGGUCCAGCAGGUGAAGAAGCGAAGGGACGAGCGGGAAGUGGAACGUCAGCUCUUGGAGCAGCAGAGGCUGGAGCACGACAAGGAAAUUCACGACGAGGAGUACGGCGAGUGGCUUACCAAAGAGGAGAAGUUCCACUUGGACAACGCAAAGGCCGGUGUUCAGAUCUGA